AUGGCACCAAUUGUCGUUCUUAUCUCCGGCGCGAACCGUGGUCUCGGUAAGGGGCUCUUAAAGCGGUACCUCGCACAACCAGACCACAUCAUCAUCGCAGCGAAUCGCGACCCGGAACACCAAACCUCAAAAGAUCUUGCGGACCUACCCGCCGCCUCGGGAAGCUGCGUGAUCGUGGUUAAGCUUGACGCAGUGGCCGAAAGUGGUGCGGCCGACGCCGUCGAAGAGCUGCGCGCUAAACAUGGCAUCGAACAUCUUAAUAUUGUCAUCGCCAAUGCAGGCGUCUCCUACGUCUGGCCUUCGGUCGCCGAUGCUAAGAUCGAGGAUAUGCGCGGACAUAUGGAACCUAAUGUAUAUGGCGUUGUGAGGUUGUACCAGGCGACGCGACCACUGUUGAAGAAAUCGGAAAAGGAGCCGAUAUUCACGCCGAUGGGAUCUACGGCUGGGUUGGUAGGACGUCAACAACCCCCCAUUCCGAACGCAGCGUAUGGACCUUCUAAGGCGGCGUUAAGUUGGAUAACUGUUCGAAUUAACUCCGAGGAUGAUUGGCUGAACGCGUUCGUUCUCUGCCCUGGUUGGGUACAGACGGACCUGGGAGAUGCGGGUGCACGAGGUUUGGGGCUGAAGGAGGCACCGCUUGGACUUGAUGAAUCUUGUGAUGGUGUGAUGAAGAUGCUUGCGGAUUCCACCAAGGAAAAGCAUGGUGGCAAGCUGGUGUGGUAUGACGGCCAAGUUUGGGAUUGGUAA